AUGUCUUCAUCCAUCAUUGGAAUACAGGAGGCAUCGAAUAUGACGCCCAGCCAGAAAUUCGAAGGACACACGGGUUGGGUGACUGGGGCCAUACAUCUACCAGACGGACAGCGGAUGCUGACUUGUUCAAGCGACGGCUCGCUGCGGGUAUGGAACCUGAAGAGUGGGAAACAGAUAGGAGACGACUGGCGGGAUGGAGAUAGUGAAGUGCGAACGAUAGCGUUGUCUCCGGAUGGGAUGAGAGUGGUUAGCGGCGGGAGUGUAGAUGGCGCAGUGAAGUUGUGGGAUAUCGACACAGGUAAAGUCAUCGCGAAAUGGAUGGGACAUACAAAGGCGGUGUGGUCUGUGUGCUGGAGUCGAGAUGGUCAGCGAAUGGUGAGCGGAUCCUAUGAUGGGACUGCAAGGCAGUGGGACGUGGAGAACGGAGAGACGAUCCUCGGUCCAAUUGAAACUGGGCACGAACACGUAGAGGCAGUUGUCUACUCACCAGACAUGAGCAUGUUCGCGACUGGAGGAGGCACCUUCUCGGUUUCUGAUACCGAACACCCAGUGAAAAUCUGGGAUGCGAAGACAAGCUCGCUUGUCGCAACUCUCAACGGACAUACAGAUUGGGUGUUUUGCCUGGCUUGGACCCCGGAUGGAAAAACGCUUAUUUCCGGGUCAGUCGAUUCCUCGAUUAGGACAUGGAAUACAACAACCUGGACGCAGCUCGCUGUGCUCGAUGGGCACAGCAACGCUGUCUAUGGCAUUGCAAUAUCUCCAAAUGGCCGCAUCCUCGCAAGCGCGUCAUACGAUAACACAGCACGAUUGUGGAAUCUCAACAACGGCCAGUCCAUCAGUUCACCCUUCCACCAUGCGAAUUUCGUGAACCGCGUGUCCUUUUCAGCAGAUGGAAAGCUACUAGCCACUGGCUGCGAUAACCAUAACGCAUAUACAUGGGAUAUUUCUGCAAUAGUAAGAGAUGCUGGUCUCAACGACCUUCCUUUGGACCAACACGACGAGUCGGUGCUCUCUGCUGAAGCUACACAACGUCCUGUGACUCCUGUCUGUCAAACAAUUGACGGAGUCUCCACUGGAGUACCUCAAGGUUCCACGCAGAAAUCCAGCAGCGCAGCUCAAAUCCAGUCAUCUUCGCAACCCCAUCUUGCCGUCUCUACCUCUACCGCACCUCCCGUCGUUGCUAAGGAAUAUUUCAACAAGAGAGAGAUGGAAGCCAAUUUCCGGACAAACGCUACUGCAGGUAGUUCACGCCCUUCCAAUAACACUGCCACCCAGCAAUCUAAAGGCACAGCUCAAACGCAGUCGUCUUCGCAAUCGCAUGCUGCUGUCUCUAUGGCGCCUCCCGUCGUCGGUGAUACAACUUCGAGCGCUACUCCUCAUAUGUGUUACGAUAAAAUACCCUGCACGCUAGAUUUGCUUCUGGCUUUUUACCUGUCGUGCCUCUCCUAA